CUCGUGAUCAUCCUAACAUUGGAACAGUUUCUCCUUGUGUGGAUGGAUUUUCACUCGCAAAGACCUUCGUGUGAUUCCGCGAUGUCGAUAACCUGGACCUGUACCUCAUGCGUUGUCGAUAGGUAUAAAGUAAGAUAGGUUAAGUCGACCAGUAGUGACCCCGCGGUGUUAGUGCACUACUGCCUACUACUUUCAGGCGUCAAAUAUCCAAAGCUCAUAUCCAAUACCCUGUAGGAAAAACAAUGCACAUAAUGACCACCCUCCCAUUUUUGCUUCUUGUUGCUGUAACGGCCGUAUCUGCGUCUGCUGUCGUCCUUUCUCGUUCGGACAGCACAGCUACACAGAAUUUGGCUCCUCGACAAUCGGGUAUUUCACCCUUACAAUGUGCGUUAAUGCUACAGCCAGAACAGUGCUGCCAGGAGGUCGAGCCGGUGUGUAACGCAUCAUAAACAUCAUCCUAACCUCGUUCUGCACAUAUAUUGAGGGCAUGGAUAAUGUAGUUUUCCGAGGUUUCCAAUACGAUUGGACCCAUCCUUUCCGAUCUAGGCUUCCCGCUGCCUGGCCUAAGCUCAGUUCACAUCUACAAUAUUAGUUGGACGGUUUGGAUUGCUCGGAAGACACGCUAUGCUGCUCUUUCGUUGUUCCAGUAUGUAUUGUGGUCUCUGUGGAGGACAGACAGGAUUCGUAGCUGAUAUGUGUGGUGCA